UGCAGCUUGUCGCACAACUUGGACACGGAAGAGCAUAGAAAGCCAGACCGGAGGAAUAUUACAAGCUUUGCUAUGCGCUUGUGCGAGUUUGAAGUGUACGGCAAGGUUCAGGGGGUGUUUUUCCGUAAGUACGCCCGCGAAUAUGCCAAGAAGGUCGGUCUCGUUGGUUGGGUCAAAAACACGGAACAAGGUACAGUAUGUGGUGUUUUCGAAGGUCCUGAUGAAGCUGUAUCUCUGUUUAAACAAUGGCUUGCCAACACCGGGAGUCCGAAAUCAAAAAUAGAUAGAUGCGAAAUCAAAUCGGAGCGUUCGAUCAGCCAUACCACUUUCUCUGACUUCCAAAUUCGUCGUUAAUAAGCUGUUUGUUGCUAUUUCGGUGAAGAAUGACCAGGAAGCAUUUUGUUCUGCUAUACUUUCCUUCCUCAAGUUCACUAUUGUUUUCCUUGUCUUCCAAAUACUAUACUGUACUAUAGUCCUUCCACGAGCACACUAUUUGGCCACAAUCUCAAUAUUUAUUUUACAACAUGCUAAGGCUAAUUGUCUGGGUUGGACAUCCGACAGUCUUACUUUUUAUGCACUUAUUAAACUACAAUUCGAUUUAAACCCACUAUCGGUAUGAGGCAGGUUAUUUCACGUUCCAAGGACGAUUUGGGCUUCCAUGUAACGAGCAUCCUUUUUCUUGCCCUUUAGAAAAUCAGGGUCCCCGGCCCUAAGACAUUUAAUCGGCUCAUUUUACUUUUCUGCGAGAUUACAAGCAAAAGCAUUUCCGUUUCCUUGACGGUAAAUUGAAAUUCCUGAACUUACUGUCUAUUUACAUCUUUGAUUUCGAAGAACAGUUCAGGAACUAUGUUUACAAGACUAUCCUGCAACUUUUUGCCUGGUCAAAUUUCAUUUGAUGCAAAUGUUUUUGGAUUGCUAUUUUCCCCGUACAACGUCGUGGAUUUAAAUUCCGAUGGGACUGCAACGAUAGGAAAAUCCCUUGAGUGUGACUUCUUGAGCAGAUUAUUGAGCCAGGAAAUGUUAACCUGCUACGAUAUCUUGACAGAUCCAAAACGAAACACCCGAACCACACCCUAGUCAAACAAUUACUGCCCACGUUCCCUGCCUUAGCAGUCCCCGCUGUGCAUAACAUAUGACCUAAGAGCGUUAGGAAAAAAGGAAGAUAAAGCGUGGCAAGUCAUUUAAAUAAAAGAACACCAA